ACAAAUAUUACCACUACCACUGAGAAGGACGACUGAGCAUUACAAUUGAAUUUGUAAUGACCUUUUAGUAUUCUGCAUUUAGUAUGUAGAAAGGGAUUCCCCCCUGCACGCACUAUGUUUUCUGAUACUUUCAAUAGGAAAACACUACACUUUUGGGGGAAAAGUUCGAAUGUAGAAACUUUACAAUGGUCUUUUAAGGCACCGUCCUAGUGACCCGGACAUGUUUUGGGUUACACCGGAAGUGUAUACGAGUCGCAAUAUUUGUUUUCAUUCUGGGCAAGGACCUCACUGGAGACUUUAGCGCUGGGCAAAUUUGGCCGGCUUUUUUUGUUUGUCUUUUCCCACCACACCCUCGGGUUUGUUUGACAAUAUUUUUUUUUUGGCAAAGUGUCGUCGUGUUGAUGUACGAUUGGUUGUUUUUUUUUUUUCCACUCGUUUCAUCUUUUGUUUCAGUUCUACCAACAUUCCGCAGUUCUUCUCGAGUGAGUUCGCUUCUUCCCGACGAUAUUUCUGCUCUAGUUUCCAUUGCUCACUGAGGGUUAUUUUCCAUUAUGUCUCAUCUAGAGCUUAGGACAUUGAUUUUUGUGGCCUGGGUGCUUUGUUACGCCGUCUUUCUGUCCUCCAUCAAGAUGAUAUGGACUGCUAAGUACGCGCGAGGUCCACUGGCACGCUCACUUUUAGUGAACAUGGUGAGCGAAGGUGAAGGAACAGCGGUGGAGAGACACGAGUGGUACAAAUGCUGCCCUGAUCUACUGGGGGAGACUCUGCGACCUCGGUUUGUUCAGAGUCAUCUGGAUUCGGGCACCAAGGCUUUCCUCAAGCAAAGUAUUGAGAAGUCUAACUGGUUGUUCACACAACUUUAUCACUCCUUCGUAUCAAGUGUCCUUACCCCUCUGGUGUCACGCACAUCCAUCAACGGGUUCCUGGGCCGUGGAUCUAUGUUUGUGUUUUCCAUGGAGCAGUUCCAGAAACUUCUCAAGGUCGGACCAGACUGGAAGGCAGAGAAACUUCUGGACCUUGGAGCCGGUGACGGUGCUGUCACAGAAAUUAUGAGAGGCCAUUUCAGAGAGGUCUAUGCUACGGAGGUCUCGCCACCCAUGAAAUGGCAUCUCCAAAGGAGGAAUUUCAAAUUGAUGGGGAUCGACGAGUGGCAUCAGAAUGGCCUCCAGUAUGAUGUGAUCAGUUGCCUCAAUCUGCUGGAUCGCUGCGAAGAUCCUCUGCAUCUCCUGCGGGACAUAAGGCGAUCGCUUGUUCCUCACACAGGACGGCUCAUUCUGGCUGCUGUUCUUCCUUUCCAGCCUUAUGUAGAAGUUGGUGGAAGAUGGCAGCGUCCCCAAGAGCACCUAAAAGUACAAGGGAAAACAUGGGAAGAGCAAGUCACUAACCUGUCACAUGACGUCUUCCGAAAGUCAGGAUUUGAGAGUUGGUGCUUUCUACCACAUAGGUACAGAACCAAGAUUAAGAAGUUCCCAUCUUUUGUGAUUUAUGGGCGAUGCCACAUAACCUGACUGAACUGUCGUGCAGUGGUUUGCCGACUGUUUUUCCCGUGAUGUUAAAGCCCAAUAAAUAGUAUAUAAAGCAUCAAAGUGUGUUUUACGUCAAUACUUUAGAUUCCUAAUUCGUAAUUUGUUGGGUUGUAUCUGUACAGUACGGUAUGUAGAAUACCAAUAUACCACACCAUGUUGACCUCAUGACAAAUGUGUACAAUUUAGAUGGUAAUGGUUUAUUUAAAAAUUCAGAUAAGUAAAACUAAGGGUUUUUUGGUAUCUUUAUGCAUCUAUUUUGAGGCAAACCUAUACUGCAUACCUCUUUUACUGUUUAUACUGGCCACCCCAAGUUGUCCCAAGAACAGGCCUUGUCAUUUGUCCCCAAACAAGUUGAGUGGAGAGGUUGGCUUCUAUAAAUGGACAUUUUGCUGCCACCAAUGCAAAUGCUAGCUCAAAACAAGGAAACCCUGGACAUUGAUUACUGGAAUCAUGUCCUGAUCGGUGUGAUGAGUCCAAUAUAAACCCUUUUGAAUCACCUUGUGGCAACCGAUUGAGGAGCACAAAAUACAAGCGUCUCUCUUUCCUAUAGUCAAGCAAGGUGGUGUAACUAUCAUGGUCUGGGGCUACAUGAGUGCUCAGUGACAACCAUCAAGAUCAACAUUGCAUGUACUGUGACAUAUUGAGACAGGAUGAGUCCCUCCCCACUGGGCUGCAGUGCAGUAUUCCUAUAGAACACCUCCAAGACGACCACUGUCUUGCUAAAGAAGCUGAGAGUGGACUGGCCGAUCAUUGGACAUUUUAACUUAAGAGAUUAAUUUAGUUAUGUGGCCAGCAAUUCUGACGUUACGGCGUUGCAUUCAAUUAUUCAGGGCUAUUUUAGCGACUGACUGCUUCACACAGUACCAAAGUUUUAUUUCUUUAGUGUUGUACCAUGAACAAUACAAUAAAAUAUUGACAUAAAUAUGGAGUGUACUCCUUUUGGUGAUACUCUAGGUAUUACUAUUGCAGAAUCC